CAUUUUAUUCCAUAAAACUUAUAAUGUAAAUCCAAUCCAAAAUCCAAAUAAAUAUACAUAAAAAUUAUAUAGUACUUAUUAAAUACUAAAUAAUUACUCUAUUAUCAUAAUUUUUUUUAUUGAGUAAGUAUUUUAUAUUUAAACUCUUAUUCAUUAAGUACCUUCGUAGAUUAAAAGUUUAUAAAAUAAAAAUCAAAAAAUGUUGUUAAAUUGUUUGGCAAAACAAAUUCGUGCUCUCCCAUCAACGUUCACAGCGGCAUGUCGAUUGUCUACAGUGGCAGUUGAAAAUGACGAUUUCACUGAAAUUGAAGAGCCACCAAUGAUAUACGGCGGAUACACAAACUUACGCCAGGCGUGGGUGUCUAAUUUAGAUACUAUAAAGGAAAGUCCUUCUACAAUUAUAGAUUUACAUCCCCAAGUGUUUGGCUCGAGACCUAGAAUUGAUAUAAUACACGAAAAUAUUGUAUGGCAAAGAAAAUAUAAAUAUGUUAGUUAUGCUAAUACCAAAGUUACCGCUGAGGUAUGCAUGAGCAGUAAGAAACCUUGGCCACAAAAGGGUCAAGGACGUGCACGACAUGGUACUAGACGUUCUCCAUUAUUUAAAGGGGGAUCUGUUAUACACGGACCACGCUCUCAUAAAACUCAUUUUUAUAUGCUUCCAUUCUACAAAAGAGUUUAUGGACUUACUUCAACGUUAUCAGUCAAGCUAAUUCAGGACGAUUUACACAUAGUGAACAAUUUGGAUUUACCAACAGAUGAUCCAGGAUAUAUCAAAGAUUUAGUUGAUUCAAGAUUAUGGGGACCUUCAGUUCUAUUUAUCGACGAUACCGAUACAAUGCCAAGGAAUAUCAGCUUAGCAUUGAAUCAAAUCAAACACAUGAAUCUGAUGCCAGUUUAUGGUUUAAACGUGUACAGCAUGCUAAAAUAUGAAACCCUUGUUUUGACUGUAGCUGCAGUGAAAAAAAUUCAGGAAAGACUUCUUUAUCAAUUACAUAGGCCUGAUGGUCAUCAAGCUACUAAGAAGUUCAUGUUAAAUAAGCAGAAUUAAUAUAAAUAAUAUUGAGAAAAUAUAUUAUACUCUACUAGUUGUUUUUUAAUAAAUUUUUAUCAUUGAUAAACAAAAAAUAUUACUGCAGUAAAAACCCGAUCGCAUUAAUUUUUCAGAAUUGUCUCUCAGUAAAGUAAACUAUUAUAAAAUUAAAGGAAUGCUUUCUGGUCAACACAAUA